AUGACCCUGGAAGACUUGCCAGAGUCGGAGUGCUUGGAGCUCUCGUCCGGUGGCACGUUAGAACUGACCAAAGCGACUUGCGAGGCCAUGCUCGAUGAGCAGGACGCCCUCUUCGAAAGGGCCAAGCUUCAAAAGCUCAUGGAGCAAGAAGGUUUGUUCUCCCCGAUGCGUAAGCACGUGGCGGAGAACAUCCGCUCGCGCCUAAAAGAGGAGAGCGACAAGGUGGCCGCGGAGGGCCUGGAGAUGCAGCACAAGUGCACCAACAUCAGGAAGAACCUGGGCCAGAUGAUGAACGCAAGGAGGGACCUCGCCUCCCUGCGCCGGGCCAUUGUGGGUCGUGGCUUGGAGUCGGAUGAGCAGUCCAAGCAGGCCAUGCUGAUGAUGUGA